AUGGGUCAUAUUAUUGUUGAUGAGUUCCAAAAUACCAGCAGAAAGAGGAUCUACGCUGUUGGAGAUGUAUGUGGGAAAGCUUUUCUUACACCAGUUGCAAUAGCUGCUGGAAGGAAACUGGCACACACGAUUUUUGACAGGAAAGAAGAUUCUCAACUUGACUACACCAACAUUCAUAUCGUGGUCUUCAGUCACCCACCUACUGGAACGGUGGGACUAACAGAAGUGGAAGCUAGAACUACAUAUGGAAGCGAGAGUGUGAAAACCUAUACAACUUCUUUUAUCCCAAUGUAUCAUGCUGUAACUAAAAGGAAGACGAAGUGUGUAAUGAAACUGGUGUGUGCAACGAAACAGGAGAAGGUGGUAGGCCAUCAUAUGCAAGGGUUAGGAUGUGAUGAAAUGCUUCAAGGCUUUGCUGUGGCUGUCAAAAUGGGAGGAACAAAAGCAGAUUUUGACCAGACAGUGGCCAUCCACCCAACAUCUUCUGAAGAACUCAUUACACUUCGUUGGUUUUUUUUUAAUAAGGUGCCUAGAUGUAAUCUUCACAGAAUCAUGGCAGAUUCUGGUGAGAUCUUAUGAGAUCUCCCUGAGCUCUUGCAAGAUCUUACAGAGCUCAUGAGAUCUUGAGAGAUUUCAGGAAGAUCUCACAAGGUCUUGCUAGCCUAAUACUGCUAUUAAACCAAAUAGAUUUACAGUGGUGCCUCGCAAGACGAAAUUAAUCCGUUCCGCGAGAGUCUUCGUCUAGCGGUUUUUUCGUCUUGCGAAGCAAGCCCAUUGACGGAUUAGCGCUAUUAGCGCUAUUAGCGGUUUAGCGGCUAUUAAAGGCUUAAAGGCUUAGGUGAUUAGCUGCUAAAAGGCUAUUAAAGGCUAUUAAAGGCUUAGCAGAUUAGAUAAAGGGGGGGGAAAGCGAAAAAAAACCCUCAAGACUCGCAAGGUAUUUUCGUCUUGCGAAGCAAGCCCAUAGGGGAAUUCGUCCUGCGAAGCAACUUCAAAACGGAAAACCCUUUCGUCUAGCGGUUUUUCCGUCUUGCGAGGCAUUCGUCUUGCGGGGCACCACUGUAGUAGGAUUAUGCACAGGGUUUCCAUGUUGGGUUGCAGCUAGCACUGUCGGCAGGGUAAGGUCCUGGCACUUACAUGACCUCCCAUUACUGACAUUGCUGGCGCUGGCAGGGUUGAGUAAGGUUGGCACAGUGCAAACACACCGGUGCAGCCAAACUGGUGCUCAUGCCAGUGUGUUCACACAACUUCAACCUCACCUCCUUCCUCCUCUACCUUCUUGUAAGCCACAGUGAUGUCAGCGUUGGGAUAUAUGCUAAGUGCCUCUCCAUACCAAAUGCUACUGGUUGUGGGUGGCCCAUGAUUUUAAAAGAUUCCACCUUCUGCCCAAGUAGUGUUUUCAAGUCCCAUUGCAGAAGUGGAAGUUGCUCUGCUCAUGAACUUAUUCCGCCAAAUACUGCCUAUAAUCCUGAUCUCAAAGGUUGUCUCCAUGGAUCCUAUUGUCCACCUUCUCCACUGCAUAUUAUUUCAUAGUCCAUAUUUUAUAUAUUUCCAUAUUAUCCAUAAUAUUCGCUACAUUACAAGCGUUAUUAAAAUCCUGCUAAGGUUUUCAUCUGCUUACAGUGGUCUCCUAGAUAAAUUAAUUUUUUUCCCCAUUCUUGGUUGAAGUUUUGGCCUUCUUGGUUCCUGAGCCUUCCAGUCAGUUUUGUCAUGUCGGCGUAGUCUAACAGCUUGGUUUGCCAUUCCGGUAGGGGCUUUGUCUUCUUUCCAUCUCUGGGCUAGUAGCAUCCGCAUUGCUGUUGUCACAUACAUGAAAAGUCUUUUCUGUUCCUUUGGAAUGUCGGUACCCACAAUUCCCAAUAAAAGACUUCUGGGUUUGUUUUUACAAAAGUUAUUUUAAACAUUUUUUUCAAUUCAUUAUACCGGUAGUUUAUAAAUUUUACCCAAAAGGUAGACCUCUGUUAUUAUGGACUCAAGUUUUGUCUUUUUUCUGAUUUAACUGUUUGCCAUACAGUCUCUGUUGAAUCUGGAUAUCAGUUGACAGUAUGUAAGCAGUUUCAUAUUUUUUCUCCUUUUAAAUACUUCGGCAUGUUUUUGAUCUCUUCUUGAAGAUGAACCAUAUCUGGGAAAAUAUAUAGUUGUACAUUCUUCUUUUGGCUGUAAUAGUAAUGUUCCAGUGGUGACAUUAACAGUGCUGGUGAGUGCCUUUUUGAGAUUUUGGUGGUGAAACUCAUGAUUUUUGGGUACAGGCUGUGCCCCUGGCCAUGACGUGUGAUUUGACAGUGAGUUUGGGGUGACCAAUGCAAAAACCCUGAGGAUUCAUGAGGAUCCAUGGCUUGGAAUCACUUUUUUUGGCCCAAGGUGUCGUCAUGAAGCUGUGGAUCUGAGUUUUUUGUGGUGCAGGCUGUGCCCCUGGCUAUGAUGUGUGAUUUGAUGGUGAGUUAGGGGUGGCCCAAUGCAAAAAGCAUGAAGAUCCAUGAGGAUCUAUGCUUUGAAACCAUGUUUUUGGGCCAUGGUAUGGCCAGGAAGCCGUGGAUCUGUGAUUUUUGUGGUGCAGGCUGUGCCCCUGGCUAUGAUGUGUGAUUUGACGGUAAUUUAGGGGUGGCCCAAUGCAAAAAGCAUGAGGAUCCAUGGGGAUCCGUGCUUUGAAACCACUUUUUGGGCCAUGGAAUUGCCAGGAAGCCAUGGAUCCAAGGUUUUGGAGGUGCAGGCUGUGCCCCUAGACAUGAUAUUUGAUCUGAUGGUGACAUCGGGCUGAUCUAGUGCAAAAAUCAUGAGGAUCCUUGAGGAUCCGUGUUUUUUAACCAUGUUUUUGCGCCAUUGCGGCACCACGAAACAGUGGAUGCGUGUGUGUUUUUUGUUCUGCCUACAGACUAAGAUGUGGUCUAGAGUAUCAUGGUGGUUUUAUUUUGUUUCAAUUUAAAAAUCAUAUGAAUUAAUGAGGAUCCAUGCCUCGGAUCCAUGUUUUUGUGGCGCUGCAGUGCGGCAAAGUGUUGGAUCCACCUUUUUUAUAGUCCAGUCUGUAGGUGUGCCUUCCAGAUGUGAUCUGACACUGGAUUUGUUGGAGUUAUUAUUUUUUUUUAAAGUGAAGGAUCCAUGAGGAUCCGUGUAACCCAGUCCCUAAAAGUGCAAAGGAUUUCUGAGUUUGUUCCUUCUCCCUUCCUAUAUUUAAGCACAUCGUUAUGUCAUCCGCACAUGCAGAACCUGGGAAUCACCUAGCCCUACUCAGAGGUAGGUUAAGAGCACAAGCUUGUGCAUGCCUACUCGGAAGUAAGUCCCAUUAACGGGGAACUACCUCCCCCAUCCCGGUGAGCGUAGGAUUACAGCCUAAACGGAGGAUUUCCCCCCACCCCAACCGGUCUUUUCAGGCAUGCUAAAAUGGAAGGUUUGGGCACUGAUAGCAAUUGUGGAAGCAUCCGCGGUAGACGGUGCUCGCUCUAGAUCUAUGCAGAGAACCCGGCGCUGCGAUGGGAUCCCGGAUGCGUGGGGGGGACAACGCACGGAAGAUUUCUCAUUGGACGCCGAGAAAGCGGAGAAGGACCCAUUAAAUUGAACUACAGCUCCCAGAUUGCUCUCCGCGGCCACUCAAGGCUUUGUAAAAGUGACACAACCCUCCUGUUAUGCAAAGCAAGGGAAGGCUCAGAACUACGUUUCCCAGAGGGCACCGGCUGUGUACAAAGAUGUCCCUGGCCUUGGACAGGGGAGCUGUUUGCACAGAACAGAACGGCAGAGACUGACAGGUGUGCGGACACCUGGAUGAGGUCUGUUUGGAGAGCCUCCGGAGGUAAGUUUGGACCUGGAGAAAGAGGGGCUGUAAAUAACGGGGGCUCGGUUUGCAUAGUAUCCGGUUCUAAGGGAGGAAAACUGACGGGUCUUUUCGUUUUCAGUUUUUGGUGAAAGCAAAAGCAGGUUGUGGCUCAGGCAGGGUGCGGGCUUUACGCAUUACAGAGCUGUGCUAGAGAAUCUUGUGCAUAUGCAUGGUGGAAUAUAAACUCUGUUUGUUUUCGUACUGGUGAUUACAGACCCUCUAAGUGUCCCUAUUUUCCAGGGACAUCGCUGAUUUACAGAAGCUGUCCCAGUUUCUGAUUUGAUCUCGGAAUGUUCCAUUUUUCCUUAGGAUGUCCCUAUUUUCAUCGGAGAAAUGUUAAAGGGUAUGUGAUUAUAUGUAAACCAAUUUACAUGGGGAUAAGCACCCCUGAACACAGUGAGCUUUCUCAGUAAACACAGAAGUAUAUUGUUAGGUAUAAUCCAACUCAAGAUUGAUUGUGCCCCCCCUUUUUAAAAAAAAUAGUGGAUGAAGUUAAAACAGUGCUGCAAAAAACUAAUGGUAUAUCUUGUCGCACAUGUGGACAAUGAAAAAUGUUAUUCAUUUAGUACUGCUAAGAAAAUACAAUAUGCUGCUUUUGUGAAAUGGAUGUAUCAGAUAAAGAAACUGAAUAAAGAUUUAACAAGUAAAAUGCAAAUGGUUGCAGGUUCAGUUUCCAGAAUCUCCCAGCUAGGGCUGGAAGAGACCCUUGCCUGAAAGAACUGAGAGCUGCUGCCAGUCGGUGUCGACAAUAUUGGGUUUCCAUUAUUCCUAAGUAUCUUUGUUGUACCUGAAUACUAUGCAAGAGAAGCUACUUAAACAAGUGAUAAACAUUGCAGAUCUAGGCGCCACAACUUUUAAAAUUUCCUUCUUCUCUGACACAGAUUCACUGCUGGUUUUCAGACUGUGUUGUAGGAAACCAUAGGAUUUCUCAAAAACUUUUAAGGAUUUUUUCAGUAAGGAAGAUCAGUAAUAAGAGACAAGCUUCCCUGAAAGGCUCCAACAACCUGCAGCCAUAAGAAAAUCUUAAGUGUUGGUGUGUGUGUGUGACUAUUUUGCUCACACAAGUUUAUGGUGAAACCCAAUAGGCCCUGUAAGUACCGUGAGCUCUAAUUUGCAUCCCAGAAUGUAUUUCAGUCUCCUCUACAAUAUUUUUGGGGAACUGGGGCUCCAUAGCAGACAAGUUGAUGCUGUAGAGAUUUCCUAAAUGUUAAGAAAGGCUGAAAACCACUGGUAUAUUCCAGGAUGGGUACAAUUCAAUAGGGUCUCACCAAAAGCUGAACUGUUGGAAUGCCAAGAGUUGAAUGCAUAUAUGCUUGUGUGCAGAAUUGGGAUUUUAAUCCACUUUUUGUGAUGAUGACUCUGAGAUGACGGAUGGGUUGGUAUUCCUGUUUAACAUGGAACUAAAUAUUGGCCUGUGUAUUUCCUCUGUCCAUGGAUUGAAAUGUUUUCAGGAGAGCAUCGGUGCAAGUACAUAUUUACUCAGAAGUCCAGCUGAGUUCAAAUGGGUCUUAUUCGCUGAGGCAGCAGUGCUAUGCAGCCUUGACAGAAAGUGCUGUUGACUUCAACUGCUUAGUACUUGAGUUAAUAUUGGCUUAUAUUUAUUUUCUACAAAGGGGAUGCAAUCAAAUAAUGCAGAGGCUAUAUAUGUGUGUGUGUGUAUUUUCUCCAGACUGGAAACAUUGUAGGAUUGCAAGCCACCUGAUUAUUAAUUUCCCUGUCACCUUUUUACAAAUAUUUACCACAGCUUUCAAAAUAAAAGGGCACUGUAGUUCUCAGGUUUGGCUUGUUGGCACGGGGUGGAGGAAUAAAUAUUUCAACAGGGCGAACCAUAUGCAUGUGUGUUUUAAGACAACCUGCAAAAAAGAGCACAGCAAAAAGCAAACGAGCCACACAUUGCGAUGCUCUUAAUUUUUAUUUUCAUUUGUCAAAACAGGUCUGUGAGAGACUGAGCGGGGGCGUCUCCAUAGCAACGCUGCACCCCCCCCCCCCGCUCUCUGAGGAGCUUCCUGCUUCCGUCUCCUCCUCCUUUACUGCGCCUGCUCUUUACCUCGGGGAAAGGAGUGGGGGGUGAGAAUCCGCGGAAGGGCGCAUGCGCGUCUCCAUCAAACCCAAGCCGGCCGUCUCGCUCCUUGUAAUCCGGAGAGACAGGCGGGGGGCGGGAGGGGUACCCGGUGCGCCGCGCCUGCGCAGUGGCUUCCCGGUCGGCGCUGCCCAAGGAGCUUGUUAUUCAGCUCAGUCAGCCUUUUCUGGCGGCCGGGGCAGCUGCUUGUCAAUUGCCUGGCUCGGGUCAGCCGCCGCCGCCACGGACUCCGAGCGCCCUAGGCCGGCAAGUAUCGAAGACCCCGUAUGUGUGUGUGUGUGUGUGAGUGUGGCUUGCGACACACCUUUACCAUCCUCCGCCUCCCCUUCUAAUUCCCUCUUCUGGGGCUCCCCCCUCCCCUGUCACUCUUUUCCUAGUUGCAAGCCUAGAUUGGGGACCCUCGAUCUGGUUCUUCCAUGCCUGUCUCCUACCCACCCACCUAUCCAGCAAUAUCCUCCUGCCAUUUCCCUUUUGGGCAACCUCACACCUUUUUCCUAUUCAUAAUUUUAAUCAUAAUAAUAUUUAUACCCUGCCCCUCUGGGGUAUAAUUACCUCGUUUUAGAAACUCUCUAAUAAUUGCAUGCAAUUGUGACUCUUCUUUUCGUUUGCUUUAAUAACAUAAUACCCUUUUUAUUUGUGCUCGCCAUCCCGUCUCUUCUCCCUGGUCUGCAAUACAUAACCUCAGAUCUUUCCCCAUAUAUAAACCUUACACUCCUCCUCCAGUUUGUUGCUCUGGCACCUUCUUUCUGUUUGCUCUGACAGGCAUCCUUCUGUCUUUUUCUGCUUUGGAGGACCACAAAACACACACCCUUCAAACCUUUUGUUUCUAUUCCCAUGUACACCCAAACCCUUUAAAUCUUGCAUCUGUCCCUGCAAUUCAGCACCGCUGCACCCAGUUUUCCUUGUCUGCUGUGCUUGAGCUGCCCCUUUUCUCUCUAACUAAUUUAGCUUCGUUGCUGGACUCUUACCCUCUUUUUGCAUCAUCCCCACACUCCAUUCCCAUCUUUUUCUGGGUGUAACUGAGAUCUAUUCUCUGUUGAAGUGUGCAGCUUUAUUUUCUCAUGAAAUGACCUAAAUUGCCAUUUUGAGGUGGAGCGGCUGUUCCUUGGCAGACAGGUGCUAAAGGUGGAAGAUGGGGUGCAUAUCACUGCUGAUUGUUUUACGAUUUUCUGAAACUAGCACUUGUGUAUUUGUAUAUAUUGUAUAAUUUAUAAGCGCCACCCUCCACCACAUGGUUCCAGAGUGGCCUAUUUGCCCUGUGUGAAAUCUGAGCGUCUGACAGCAGCAAUGAGACUGAGUGCGAUCCUAACCAUAUAUACUUAGAAGUAAGUCCUGUUGAAAUCAGUGGGACUUACUCCCAGGUAAGGGUGGCUAGGAUGUUAGCCUGAACCAGGAAGUCCCUAGUUCAAGUAUUGCCACAGACACAAAUUUGCUACAUGGGCUUGGUUCUCUCAGCCCAUCAUGGUUAAUAUGGGAAAAAUAAUACUAAUCUACAAGACAGGGCUAAUGUAAGGAUUACUAAGAAACUUUCUUCAGGGUUUUUUUUGAAAGUGUGAUAAUAAUGCUCACUAUUAUCAUUAAAUUGAAGUGUAGCUUUAAUAUUGUAGGUAGUGUUGUGUACAUUAUUUUAACUGGAGCACUCAGCAACUUGCUAGGAACAGCACAAAUUCUUUUUUGGCAAGAGGAUGAAUGGAUAGUGAGAUCAACACAGUAAUUUUGUUCUCAAGUAGGAUGAUUCAGUGAGCUGUGCUUGCAUACUGUAGUCCCUAGGGUGGUGUUAGGCAGUAUUUCAUAUACCAGAGAUGGACAAACACUUGUUUCAGACCGAAUAGCUUUUGUUAGGAAGAGUUAAUGCCCAUUAGUGAGGACCUGUGAGACCCUAUAAUACAUAAUUAUGCUUUGCAUCUAACUAUCAAAGCUCCUUGCAGUGGUGAGAAAGUAGUGCCAUCCAUGUUUAAAAUAUGAACAAGCUGGGGCUUAAUUUGGAAGGGAUUUUAGUUGCCAUUCAAUAUGUGCGUGUUCAGAACUAUGCUCACUAAACUUCAUGGAAUUGCUGUAUAUGUAUGGGACGCUAAGGCCAAAUUUAUACUGCUCAUUUUAAACCAGUUUGAAAUGGGUGUAAUGAACCCAGAUUCUCCAGUGGGGUUGUGGGAACAGUAGUUUUAUGAGAAUGAAAAACUUAUUUGCUAACAGAUUCUUUGUACCUUCACAGAACUAUGCUUCCCAUGGGCUCUGGAUGGGAGCCUUCAGCUAACUGUGUGUAAAACUGAUUUCAGUCUGUAGUAGUGCAGACAUACCCUAAAGAAAAACUUUCUAAUGACACAGAGGUUCUAUAUCUAAUUGUUCACUUUGGAGUGACUGCGCCAUUAGUGUGGUCUAACUAGUCUAAACCUGUGCUGAGCAAAUGAAACACAAAAGAAAGCACACACACACAUUCUGCUCUGAACAGGAACGUGUGCUUUCUUGACACUCCUUCUAAUUACCUUUUGCUGAACGCUGGAGGCAAAAUGUGUAUAUGAAGGCAUAUAUUAAUACGGAACUUGAGAAUCCAGUGCAAGACUAGGAACAAUAUGAUUUUGUUCAAGAUGAGGCACAAAUAGUUUCUUUAUAAAUGCCAGUUUGCUUUUCUAUUUUCUUUAUCUACAAAAAUUGCUAAGUAGAAUGAUUUCACUGAUAGAGAUCACGUUAGUUGUGAUUUUAAAAAUGGUAUAACUUGCUAGAAUGGUGGCUCUUAUUUACUUGAACUACAGUGGAACUACAACAUUUCACACAGAGCUGAUCUGACUCUUUAGGUAAUUCUUGAAUUGACGGUAUUUCCAGUGAUUUCAGAAGCCUGGUAGCUUUUCAUUAUGCCAAACCACACAAACUAUAGCUUGAAAACAAUGUUUUCUGAUGCUAGCUUUCCAGCCAACCCCAAAAGAUGGUUUGUCAAUUCAGACACCACACUAAAAUACAUUUGACAAAGCAUUGUUAACUGUGUUUGGAUGCCUGAAUUCAGCCUUAGUCUAAAUAUUAAAAAAUGCAUUUACUCACAGUUAGCCUAGAUUACAUUUCCAACGGUGCUCCUCUGUCCGCUCCCCCCCCCCCUUGAUUCACUGUCUGCUGUCUAAAUGUAGAUUGUAGAUUACUUGGGGCAGAGAGCUUUCUUUUUUUCUUUACACCAUUUUGUCAAGUGAGAUGUACAGUGAGCAUACUGUGUGAAGAAGCAGCACAAGGAGCUUACAACACUGACAACUUAGAACCUUACAUUUUAUUCAAAUUCCAUGCGCACUAGAAUAAAUUGCUUAGCCAUUUUGAAUAUGGAAGACUUUUAUUUCCUUUUAAGUGUUCGCUAAUUACAGACAUCCGUUUAUCAUUUGUUGGCUUCAGGUUUAUUUUCCUCGAAGAGCCUUCUCCGUUGUGUAAUGGGAUCGCUAUACGCUUUGCCACCUUCUGCACUCACAAUAAAUAUUCUUCGUGGUUAGGUUUGGUCACUAUUUUAGUCUUAAAAGUGCAAGGACAUCUAUGAAGCAUUGCUUUGUUUUAUAUUAUGUGUGUAAUUUCAUAGCUGAGAAAGCGGAGAUUCAGAAUAAGUAUGUGAAAUACACGUUUUAGGGUGUGUCUGUUUUGUGACUCUUUACUUCCCUGCCUCCUCGGAACAUAUUUAUUAUUUUUUGGGUGACGGGAAAGAGUGAUGUAGAGAUAAAGGGAGAUUUGGAGAGUUAGGUUAAAGGACACAAAUGGUUUGGACUGGUUUAGCAUGUGGAGGAGGGAACUGCAUGUAGGCAUUAGUUCCCCACCUAUGAUGGAAACCACCUCCUGAAAUUCUGCCAACAUGCUUCACAUCACAUCACCCCACACCCAAACCACAACAGCUGAAUGCUUGGGCAGUGUGUGAAUGCCCAAUUAUUUGUGGUUGUUGCGGCAGCUGGAAUGUUUUGCAGAAUCUUUGACAUUAUUACUUGAGUGUAGGUUGCAAGCAGCAAAGUUAGAAAUUAUCUCAGAACUUCAUACAAACCAGAGAUCUCAUUAUUACUGAUAUAGUCUUGGGAGUUGGAACACUUUUAAACAUCCGUUAUGCACUGCAGCUGAGACUGAUUCAAAUGAAUGCAACUGUUUUAUUUAUAAUCCAUCACAAAUGCGUUUUGUUUCUUCAGUAAUGGCAAUCUCUGCUUUUCUCUCUCCUAUAAGGCUCGACCAGUUUCCCACCUCUUCACAAUGAGACAGUUCUGGCUUCACUUCUUCCCUUCACCCUGUAG